AUGGUUAGGACAUUAAAACAUCAUGAAAAGAAGCUUUUAAAGAAAGUGGAUUUCCUUGAUUGGAAGCAAGAUCAAGGACAUCGAGAUACUCAAGUAAUGAGAACUUAUCAUAUUCAAAACAGAGAAGAUUAUCAUAAGUACAACAAAAUAUGUGGUGAUAUAAGAAAAUUAGCUCAUAAGCUAUCAUUACUUAAACCUACGGAUCCAUUCCGAAUAAAACAUGAACAGUUAUUGCUAGAAAAACUAUAUAAUAUGGGAGUUUUAGCAACCAAAUCGAAAAUUAGCGAUUUAGAGAACAAGGUAACUGUCAGUGCUCUUUGUCGAAGAAGAAUUGGAGUUGUCAUGUGUAGACUAAAGAUGGCUGAGACUUUGGGAGAUGCUGUUAAGUUUAUUGAACAAGGACAUGUUAGAGUAGGGCCCAAUGUCAUUACUGAUCCUGCUUAUCUUGUUACUAGAAAUCUUGAAGAUUACUUAACUUGGGUUGAUAGCUCCAAGAUCAAGAGGAAUUUGCUUAAAUAUAGAAACAAGAUUGAUGAUUAUGAGUUGUCAUGA